AUGUCUGCUACUGAUCGUUUAAACACCAUCAAGGGUCAUUUGUCCGGCAACUACCCUAAGGGUAUGUUGGCUGGUGAAGUCGCCAUCAUUACUGGCUCUGGUCAAGGUAUUGGUAAGAGCUGUGCCGAAAUCUUUGCCCGCGAAGGUGCUUUGGUUGUUGUCACUGAUAUUGAUGCUGCCAAGUCUGAUCAAGUUGCUGCUGAUAUCAAUGCUGCUGGCCUUAAGGCUAUCUCCAUUCCCGGUGACAUUCUCGACGAAACCUUCCCUGAGCGUUUGAUUGAAGGUACCGUCAAGGCUUUCGGUAAGAUCAACCACAUUGUCAACAAUGCUGGUUUCACUUUCGAUGGUAUGAUCCACAAGAUCACUGACAAGCAAUGGGAUUUGAUGCUUGCCGUUCAUAACACUGCUCCUUUCAAGAUCAUCCGUGCUGCUGCCAAGUACCUCCGUAAGAAGGAUGGUGAGAACAAGAGCAUUGUCAACAUUUCUUCCACUUCUGGUCUUCACGGUAACGUUGGUCAAGCUAACUAUGCUACUGCUAAGGCUGGUGUUGUUGGCUUAACCAAGACCAUUGCUAAGGAAUGGGGUGUCUUUGGUGUUCGUUGUAACACUGUUGCCUUUGGUUGGGUUGAUACUCGUCUCACUCGUGCCAAGGAGUCUGGUGCUUCUAUUGAGGUCAACGGUCAAAAGGUUGCCCUUGGUAUCCCCACUGGUAACAAGCCUGCUGCUGGUAACCCUUUCGCUGAAAUUCCUUUGGGUCGUGCUGGUACUGCUGAGGAAGUUGCUGGUUCAGUUAUGUCUCUCUGUACUCCUUUGACUAGCUACAUCACUGGCCACACUCUUGAAGUUACCGGUGGACGUGGUAUCUAA